AUGGCGGCUCUGCACGGCGGCAUUACCCUCGAGUGGCGCGAUGUCACGUACAGGCUCCCGCCGGGCAAGGCGGGCGGAGUCGGCGCCACCAUCCUCAGCGGGGUGCACGGGCGCUGUGCGCCGGGGGAGCUGCUUGCCAUCAUGGGCCCCUCGGGCAGCGGCAAGACCAGCCUGCUGAACGCGCUGGCGGGCCGCACCCCGAAGGCAAAGGGCGCAGUGCUCACGGGCACGGUGGCGCUGGAGGCAAAGAGCGCGGCAUUCCACUCGUCGCAGGUGGACCUGGCCGCGAUCGUGGCGUACGUCGAGCAAGAGGACGCGCUGUUCGCUCUGAGCACCGUAGAGGAGACUCUCAUGUUUGUGGCCCUGUUCCGCAUGCCAAGCUCAAGCUACCAGGAGCGCAAGAGUCGCGUGGACCAGAUCAUUGACACGCUCGGCUUGAAAACAGCCCGGAACACUAUCCACGACAAGCCUGGGCAGCGCGGCAUUUCCGGCGGCGAACGGAAGCGCGUGAGCUUGGGCGUAGAGCUGCUGCACGCGCCACGGCUGGUUUUCGUGGACGAGCCGACCUCGGGCCUCGACAGCUUCCAGGCGCAGAACGUGAUGGUCUUCCUGAAGGAGCUGGCGCGAGCCGGGCACACCGUGGUGUGCAGCAUCCACCAGCCACGGAGCAGCAUCUGCCAGCUCUUCGACCAAGCCGUGCUCCUCGCUGGUGGUCGCACCGCGUACGUUGGCGCAGCCGGCCACGCCUGCGCAGAGCACUUCUCGGGCGUUCGUGAACUCCCGAACUUCAGUCGCAUCGGGUUGCCCGUACCCUUGGACUUCAACCCAGUGGACCACUACCUCGAUGUGACGAGCGUCGAUUCUCGGAGCUCCGACAGGGAGGCGCAGACCAAGCGGACAGUUGAGCACAUACUCUCGCAGUGUCCAGCCCCGCCUGCAGCGCCCGUCCCGCUGAAGCCAGCAGGCAUUCUGGCACCUCCUGAGCUGAACAGGCCCAGCACAGUUCGCGUGCCACACACCAUGGCGUUCUGGCUGCUGCUGCAGCGGACCUGGCGCGAGAACACUCGGGACAAGGCAACGUUGGGCUUCAAGUAUGCGGCGAACGUGUUCUUCACCGCUCUGUAUUGCUACAUGUAUUGGCAGAUGGAUAUGUCGCAAACCUCUCUGCAGAGCCGCGUCGGCCUGUGUUUCUUCAUGGCCCAGAAUCAAGCGUUCGGGAGCGUCAUCGGCACCGCGAAUGCGAUCCCAACGCAGCUGAAGGUGGUGUCGCGCGAACGAGCGGCGAGACUCUACGACGUAUUCCCAUUUUACGUGGCCACCUGCAUAGUCCAGUUGCCCUUGGAGCUCUUCCCGCAGCUGUUCUUUGGUCUGAUACUGUACGCUGCGACUGGCCUGCGCCCAGGGUGGGAUCACGCGCUCAUCUACGUGGCGGUUUUGGUAGCGGAGAACUUCGCGGGCAUCGCGCUGGGCAUGCUCCUCAGCGCCUCCCUAGAUGACACGAAACAGGUGCCCCAGGUGGCUCCCCUGUUCGUGGUGUUCCAGCUGCUGUUCUCUGGUUUCCUGCUCAAUCAGGACAGCAUCCCGAGCCUCCUCCGGCCCAUAAAGCACGUUACGUUCAUUCGGUACGCAUUCCAAGCAUUGGCCGUGAACGAGUUUCGGGGCAACAACGGUUUCGUCUGCGACAGGGGCAUCUUCCGAAUGUGCCUGCAGGGGGACGAUUGGCUGAAUCAACUCUCCUUCGAGGACGUGAGCAUAACGUGGAACCUAAAGGCGAUGAUGGGAUUGAUCAUCGGCUUCAAUGUUCUUGCGUUCCGGAUCUUGGUUUCGAAAAAGCCGCAGUUCCUCAAAAUGGUAAUGUCCAAGGUGCCAGCACAGGACGCCGUGAUCGGA